ACACUUUUUGAUUGCACAAAUAUGAAAAAGGAAGUUAGUGGUUAACCUCGACACACAAGAAGUGUACAAAAGGAGACGCAAAAACGUUUUUCUCACACAUUCUUUAGAGCCAUCUCCAACCUGUGUGAAGCCCAAGCAUUUAAAGGAAACAAUGGAGCGUCUGCGAGUCUCUCUCUUUCUUCUCCUGCUCUUCUGUUCACCGUGUCUGAGUGAAGGGAAAACUUUCUUUACUCAUCUCGGCACGCUGUGCGCAGAAGACUGCAAGCCUGACGGCGGCGAAUACAAGUGCAAGAGCACCGAUGAAGACGGAAAGAGCCAAAGCAUGUACUGUUCACCUCAGGAGAACGUGGACUUCCGGGGCAGACAGUGCCAAGCUGACAGCAAGUGUGCUAAACAUGGAGAAGACUACAGCUGGUGCAGGAUUAACACCUUCAGCUGGGGAUACUGUGGGCUGGUGAAGGAGGACCAGACCCUCGGAGAUGCUGGAGAAGACCACCACAACACUUCUCCACAUCGCAACAGGAGAGAUGAAGUAGUUUUAGACACCAUUGAUGAUUUAGCUAACCGUAGAAGAACAACUUUUCUAGCAGAGGGAGCUCAAAAUCACAUCGCUGAUGGCAACAACUAUAGAAGUGAGGCUGCAAUCCUAAUCGGUAACUGGGAUAAUUCCUACCUGGUGAGCCAGACCCGUUCCAAUCUGAUCAAAACAAAAUCUAUUCGAAUUGACAUGCAAGGCAUGGUCAACCGGCAUAAUUUGAGAUACCACAACCUGCAGAUCCAGGUGAAUGUGCCACGUGGUGGAAAUAUGCCAAGCACUACUUUGUCUCAGGUUUUUGUACCUGAGAACAUUUAUGUCCCAGACCGAUAUGUGCGCAGAGCCUUCCAGGAGAGCAUGGUUCGCAGAGCUCGUAUUUUCAUUGAUGUUUCAAGCAUCAACAUUCCACGCAAGCUCAUUUCAGGCUACAUGUUUUGUAGAAAGCCCAAAUAAUACAAGAAAGCUCAGAUACUGCAGCGGUUUUUAACUGUAUUUUACAGCAAUCUCUUACCUGUCGUUCUGUUUGACUUUCCCGCUGCUUGUACUGCUUUCUCAAAUAAAGAUUGAUUUCAUGCAAACUCA